UGGUCUUCAGGUUAUGGUCACGCGGCUCCAGGCACGGAUGCUGGGAAGGCCUUCUGCAUGUUUUACGCUGUGCUGGGGAUCCCGCUAACGCUGGUGAUGUUCCAGAGCCUCGGCGAGCGGAUGAACACCUUCGUCAAAUACCUGCUAAAGCGCAUCAAGAAGUGCUGCGGGAUGCGCAUCACAGAGGUGUCCAUGGAGAACAUGGUGACGGUGGGCUUCUUCUCCUGCAUGGGCACGCUCUGCAUCGGAGCCGCAGCGUUCUCCCACUACGAGGAUUGGAGUUUCUUCCAGUCCUAUUACUAUUGUUUCAUAACGCUCACCACUAUUGGCUUCGGGGACUUCGUGGCCCUCCAGAAGAACAAAGCCUUGCAGAGAAAGCCUCUUUAUGUGGCGUUCAGCUUCAUGUACAUCCUAGUGGGGCUGACAGUCAUCGGGGCCUUCCUCAAUCUGGUGGUGCUACGCUUCUUGACCAUGAAUAGCGAGGACGAGCGACGGGAUGCUGAGGAGAGGGCGUCCCUGGCGGGGAACCGCAGUAGCAUGAUCAUCCACAUCCAAGAAGACACGCUUCAGAGGAGUCGACGGAGACGAGAACAGCAGCAGCACCGCUACCGUCCCGAGGUCUCCGAUCUCCAGUCGGUUUGCUCCUGCAUGCAUUACCACUCGCAUGAGUUCGGGAGCUCGGUUGGCCUCGGGUUGGGAUUGGGAGGAGGUGGCGGAGGUGCGUUUCCACAGCAGAACUCAUUCGGCUCUCAGUUGAGCCCGCAUCAGUACCAUCACUACCACUCAACGGUGUCCUACCGCAUCGAGGAGAUCUCACCGAGCACCUUGAAAAACAGCUUCCUUCCUUCCCCGAUCAGCUCCAUCUCUCCUGGGCUACACAGCUUUGCGGAAAACCUCCGGCUCAUGAGACGACGCAAGUCCAUCUGAACACACACACACACACUUACAGAGAUAUUUCCAAUGCUGCUCAACCAAACCUCAUUCCUGCACUUUCUUGCCAUUUGUUGCAUGGAGGCGACCAUGCAAGCAGGACAAUCGAUGGAUAUGUAGGAACUUUGUUCAAAAUAAAGCAUGAAGUGCAUGGAUAUCUAUUUUUGCAGAAAACACCGCCUGGGCUUUCUUUGCCCUUUUGAGCAGCACCCCAGCUGGGUUUGGAUAUUAAUAUUACAACCUUGAUACGUUAUCAGACGAUGCACACUUGCGUUUUGAAUAAUACAGAGGGAAAUAUAUCUAUAUAUAAAUAUCUAAUUUUUUUAAGGGACGUGUGGAGAAAGUGUUUUAUCAAACAGUGAGCAGCCUCUGGUUCUUUCGUGAGAUUUCAAGUGCCACACACCAACCGAAGGAGAAAUAACGAUAAAAAAAAAACUGAUUUGAAAAGGACUACACUGUAUCAGGUAUUGUUUUCUAUAAGCAAUUCUAUUUAAGAAAAGAAAAAUAAGACAUUGAUUCACAUCAUGCCAAAAUAUUGUUGCCAACCAUAGCAUGUGCAUUAGUUGUCCUUUGAUGUGCGUCAUCAUUUCUGUUAACGUUUUUUUGUUUCGUUUUCGUUUCAUUUCUCAACCGUUUUCUGUAAAUUAUACAUGUGUGUAGAGACUUUCUAAGCGCGCUAUGUUUAGAGGCGACAGACAGCAAAAGUCGGUUGUGAGAGAAGAAUAAUUGCAUGUGCUUUGUUCAAAAUGAUAUGCGUAUACUGUCACAAGGGGACACUGGAUCUGAUAUUAAAAAGCAAAUAAUCCUUUAAACCUAUUUUUUUUUAGAUGAACGACGAACUUCUGAAAUCAUCCACUAAAACCGGGCCACACAAU